AUGGCACAUCACCGGAAGUCCGCCGUGGUCAAGGAAGCCAACCGGUUACGGCUAACUCAGGUUCCACAACCGACUAUCCACACCCUUUUUCACAACUUGAGACUUCCGGUCUCAGGUACCACGUACAUCUGCACACGACGUGCUCGGCCGGUGGAGGCGGACCGACCGAUCGCUAGGCUAUUCGCUGGCGACAUGUUGAUUAUCGGUUGUCUCUGGGGACGAAAUAAGGUUUCAAGUUGA